UGAUUGGAUGCCAGUGGGAUGCUGAUGGGGCCCCAAUGAGAUUCCAGUGGGGCGUUGAUGGGGUGUGGGUGCCAAUGGAAUGUGGGUGCCAAGGGAGGGUACCAACGGGGCACGGCUGCCCCGCAGAUGUGCAGUGCCCUGGAGCGGGUGGGCUGCUGCAUCGUGGGGCAGAGCGAGGAGCUGGCACCCGCUGACCGGGUGCUCUACGGGCUGCGGGACGUCACGGCCACCGUGGACAGCGUGCCCCUCAUCACCGCCUCCAUCCUCAGCAAGAAGGCGGCGGAGCAGCUCUCGGCGCUGGUGCUCGAUGUGAAGUUCGGGGGGGCCGCCCUGUACCCCACCCAGGACAGCGCUCGGGAGCUGGCCCGGAGCCUGGUGGAGGUGGGCGCACAGCUGGGUAUCCGCACGGUGGCCGUGCUGUCCCGCAUGGAUCAGCCCCUGGGCAGGGCCGUGGGGAACGCGUUGGAGGUGCUGGAGGCGCUGGAAUGUCUGGACGGGGGCGGCCCCCCCGACCUGCGGCAGCUGGUCACGGCCCUGGGCGGGGUGCUGCUGUGGCAGUGCGGGAAGGCGGCGGGGGCCGCGCAGGGCCGGGAGCUCCUGGGGCGGGCGCUGGACGAUGGCUCAGCCCGGAGCACCUUCGAGGCCAUGCUGGGGGCACAGGGGGUGCCCCCCGACACCGCCCAGCGCCUCUGCAGCGGGACCCCCGCCCAGCGCCGCCGGCUCCUGGGAACGGCCAAGGUCUGCGAGGAGCUGCCCGCGCUGCAGGAAGGCUGGGUGCAGGAGGUGCGGGCGCUGCCCCUGGCCCAGGUCCUGCACGGGCUGGGCGCGGGGCGGGCGCGGGCCGGGGACCCCGUGGACCCCCUGGUGGGCGCCGAGCUGCUGGUGGGAGCGGGGCAGCACCUGCGGGCAGGCGAGCCGUGGCUGCGGGUGCACCACGAGGGGACCCUCGGCGCGGGGGGGCGGCGGGCGCUGCAGGACGCGCUGUGCCUCGGCCCGGAGCCCCCCCGGGACCCGCCGCCGCUGGUGGCCGAGACCGUCGUGCCCGAGGGGGCCGCCCCGGCCCCCCAAUAGGGCCCAUUUUGGGGGGGGGGGGGUCGGGAUUUCCUCCCCCUUCCCCCCCCCGGGGGUCCCGCGCGGGGCGGCGGCGCCACCUGCUGGUGGAGGCGAGGCCUGCAGGGCGCGAGGCCACGCCCCUCUCCCUUCGGCCAC